UUCUCCCUUCUUCCUUCAUUCCUUCUCUCUCUGCCAGCUCUCAGCUCUCAGCCCUCUGCAAUCUCUAACUUUUCCAUAGCAUUGUUCAUUCCCAGCUCAUUCCUUCUGCGCUUUUGUAACGCUCUCAGGAAUACUCCAAUUGCAAUUCGUUAAUCAUACAUUAACUGGGUAGGGAUUUCCGCUGCUAAUUUUGCUUGGAAGCAAGUUCAAUUUGAUGGGUUUCGGAAGAUGUACUACCGGGAGACCAAUGGUAGCAGUUCUGUGGACUGUGUAGUAUGGGGGGAUUACUGCUUCACCUUCUCGACUUCAAUCAGGACGCCAUGGCCAGGAAAAUUCUGGCCAGCAAGCGGCGGGUUGAUGGUGAAAUUCCAGUUCUGGAGGCUCCUAGGAAUAGCUUGGAGAUGGAAGUUGACAGUAACCAUAACUGCUUUGAUUCAGGAGAUGAUGGGCUGUUCUUUCAGCAAGAUGAAGAAGAUUGGCCAGAUAGCAGGUGUUUGCCAAUGGAGGCACCAAUGAAAAGGUUGAUCAAUGAGGAGAUGUCUAGAAACAGGAAAACUUCACCCAGCAUUGUGGCUCGACUUAUGGGCGUGGAGAUGUUACCAUUGGACAACGUAUCUGUGGUUCAUCAGCCAAUUCAUAGAAGAUGUGAAAGUAUGGAAAACAUGAUCUUGAGAAACGGAAAGAUUGAAAUUGGCUCGGAGGCUGAUUGUUUCUCUUCCAGCUCGAAUUGUUCGAGGAAGGAGCAACUUGAUCAUUGGAGUAAUGGCCAUAGUUCAGGGAAACCGACACGCAGAGAGCAUCCUCAAGAAGAAGAGCUACAGAAGUUCAAAAAGGAAUUUGAAGCAUGGCAAGCGGCCAGGUUUAAGGAAUGUUCCAGGGUUGCUGAACUGGUCAACGUUGCUGGUCAGCUCUUAGCUCCAAAACAAUUCAACAGGCAAGAUAGUAGAGUAGCUGAGGCAGAUUCUGAGGCAAGACAAAUGAAGAAAUCCACUGAAAGUACAAGUAGUCACAUACAGAAACCAACAUCUCAUGAGAGAAGCCCUUUGCAACAUCAAAAUUCUAACAUGGAACUGUCCAGAACCACAAGUGGCAACAUCGAAAACCACUGCGCUGAUCUUGGUGAGAGGUUGCAGGAUAAGUCUUCUGCUCAAACUAGAAUAGUGAUCCUGAAGCCUGGCCCUGAUGAGUUCUACGGCAAUGAAGACUGUUCUUGUAAUAGCCCCCCUGCCAUUUUUGAAGAGAGAGGUGGCAUGGAGAACUUCCUUCAGGAGGUUAAAGAACGGCUUACAUGUGAGUUGGAAGGUAAAGCUUUUAAAAAAAGGGGUUCUGCAGUUAGAGGAAGUGGAAUUGAGACUCCCUUCAGGGAAUUGCCAUCUGACCAUCCCAAACAAAUUGCCAGGGACUUAGCAAAGCAUGUCAGGGAAAGUGUUGGAACACAUUUGAUUCGAUCAGAAUCCACAAGGUCAUCAAGAAGUGAAAUGCAGCAGUUCAGUGGCUAUGGCUCCCCAGAAUUCAUGAACCGAGAUACAAGGCGAUUCUUGUCAGAGAGACUGAAGAAUGUUAUAAGGAGGAAACAAACAAAUUGGGAAAUUAGGCAAGAAGAAGAACCAGAAAUGCAGACUGGGUCAUUCAGGCAUGGAGAAGAUGAUGGUGUUGGCCUUUGCAAAGAAUUGUCUUCUCCUAAGAACUUAAUCAGGUCAUUAUCCGCUCCAGUAUCAGGAACAUCUUUUGGAAAGCUUCUUCUAGAGGAUCGCCACGUCUUAACAGGAGCACACAUCAGGAGGAAGCAUGAAGCCCUUGACAGUGUAACUGAGGAGUUGAAAAAACAGAAGAAAGAGAGAUUCAAUAUCAGACAAAAGGUUUCCAGUUUCAGACACAAUUUCACUCUCAGGCGCAUGCUGUUUGUCAAGAAGUUUCAGAGGGUGGAAUCUUUCAAUUAUGGCAAGGAUGUUCACGCUGUGAAUGCUAGGCAGCCAACUAGCAUGAACUUUGGCGAGAGACAGAUAACCAUGAUGGAGAACUCUACUGAGGUGCCUCCAAGUCCUGCAUCUAUUUGCAGCAGUGGUCAAGAUGACUUCUGGUCUAGGCCUGCUGAUUGCCUCAGCCAAAUCUCGACGCCUGAUGUAACCCAAGAAGAAGAUGACUACGUGAUGCCUGAAGCUUUUAAGGAUAUCUGCUCUAAUCUGAAAGAAUUAAGGAAGCAAAUAAACCGACUUGGAUUAAGUGACGAUGAUGAGUCUGAGCUUGCAGCAUCUGUAGACAGCAUAGUAGAACCACUGGAGGAGAUUGAUGACAAAGAAGAAUCCUUCAUCAGGGAUCUGCUGAUUGCUUCCGGUCUGUACGAUGGCUCAUCAACAGACAUCUGCUUAUCCAACCCUAUCCCAAGCUCAGUGUUUGAACAAGUGCAAGAAGAAGCAGCAGCAUCAAGCAAGAAAUCAGCAGGCAAGGAUAACGACGAGAUUGAGGGAAGUGGGAAAAUGUUGUUUGACUUGUUGAACGAGGCGCUCACGAGUGUACUCAACCCCGGGCAAAGGCUCAUGUGGGUGCCUUGCGUCAGAAGGAAUGCCACAGGGGUGAGGUUGCCACCUUUAAGGGGAAGGAAGCUGCAUGAGAAGGUGUGGAAAAUGAUUCGUGAGUAUGUAUACCCUACUCCAUUGGGGAAUCAUAAUCACGGCGGCAAAUCUGGUGCUGCAGAUGACGUGGUGGAGAGUCAUUUGGGAUCCAUGAACUCGUGGUCAUGUGGGCUUAUUGAUGAGGAGGAGUUGGAUGAGGUGGGGAAAGAGAUGCAGCUUCUGAUAAUGAGUGACCUGAUUCAGGAGGCUCUGGAGGAAAUGUGUCUCCCUUGAAUAUGCAUCUAUUGGGACGAAUUGAUUCUUGAUAUGAGAGAAAGACUUGAAGAUCGAUGGUUUAGUUCAGACUCUACAUUUCAAGCUUGGAGAUAGGGAGGGUGUGGUUUUUGGUAGUUGCUAAUUAUUUAUUAUUAUUAUUAUUAUUAUUAUUAUUAUUAUUUAUUAACAGGAUAAGUGUGAGUAUAACUGCAUAGGCUAGUAUGAUUAUGCUAGAAUAAUUUGAUUUCUUUGUUUGGGUUGUAAUGUAAGCAAGAGGGGUUUGUUUAAGGCUCUGAGUGUUUCCUUUUUUUCUGGCACAAGAGGGGUUUAAAGUGAGUGAUUGUAUAUAUUCAAUUUCUUACAACAAUAUAUAAAUGUAUUGUUACUGUUUGAUUAAUCCACUGGAAGGAAAGCAUGGACAUAA